UGUCAGGAGGAUCAAGAUCCCAGCAUGAAUCCACACAUUUCUGUACCCCGUCAACAUGCGGGCCCUGCCCAAUUUGGGGCGACUCCUAGCCGCGGAACGAACAUGCGCAUGCCGCGAUUCUUCAAAAGACUCUUCAAGUUUCCCCAGAUGGACUUUGAAAUGGCAAUCUGGGAAAUGACAACGUUGGUGAUUGCGCCCAAGAAGGUCUUCAAAUCCAUAUACUACCAUGUAAGAUCCAAACAAACGAAAAACACAUGGCAUCGCCCCGAUCCCUCAUUCACAUACCUUCUCUCUUUCCUCCUCCUUCUCACCGCCAUCGCCUGGGGCCUGGCAUACUACCCAUCUUUCGGCACCAUCAUGCAUCUUUCAUUCAACUUCAUCUUCCUCCACUUUAUCGGAUCCUCGCUUCUGAUCUCCACCAUCGGAUACUUUGCCAUUGGGAAGCUGUUCGGGCCCAAUGGUGCGGCUGCCUCGCUCAAGGGCGUUCGCCAAUUUCGUGCGCGUCGGCGUGGUGCCGCCCAGGGCCUGUUUGUCCAACCGGGUGAGAAGGACCAACUGGAAUUUGGAUACUGCUUCGACGUAUCCAAUCGAGCAUUCUUUUCCCUCUACCUGCAUCUCUAUGUGGUGCAAUUCCUCCUUCUCCCAUUGCUGACUCGCUCGCCGAGUGAUUUCUUGGGCACGUUUCUGGGCAACUCGCUCUAUCUCUCUGCCCUGAUCUAUUACACCUACAUCCUCUUUUUGGGAUACAACGCAUUGCCCUUCUUGCAUAACACGGAGCUCUUGUUGCUGCCCAUCUCGAUUUUUGCCGCCCUGUGGAUGCUCAGUCUCAUUGUGGGAUGGAGCGUCGUCAUGCGAGCCCACAGUGUGGAGUGGUUGUUUUGGGGUAUCCCGCACUCCAAGCCUUGA